AUGUUAGAUAAUAGUGAAAUUAUAAUUAGAGAAUCAUUGGAAAGCUAUCUUAAUUAUCAACAUGUAGAUUGUGUAUUAAAAGUAGAGAUGAGUAAACCACAUUUAAGAUAGAAAUAUUUUGAAUGUUUGUAAUUGGAAUCAUUUGUUGAAUUCGUAUUGACUUGUUUAGAAUUAGUAAAUACAACUGUACUUAUGAAACAAAAUUAUCAAUUAAGUCAUAAAUUGCAUUUACAAUAUUGGAAGAUAUUCAAUGAAUUACCUUAACCAAAAGAUGAAAUGGUAAGUUUCAUUUUAAUUGCAGUAUGGUUCUUAAUACAUAGUACAAUAUUUAAAUUACAAACACAAGAAGAAAGAAAUAAAAUUGAUCAAAGAUUUCUUUUCAACUCUUACCAUGUUCUAUUAUAUUAUAUUAAUGGAUUUUAUGUAUCAGAUGAAUUCGUUUAAUAAUAAGUCGAUAUGUAUCUUAAUAAUAGAUAUUUGGAUUAUAGACUCAAUUCAUUUUAAAAAAAGAAUCUCAAAAAAUAAUAGAUGUAACAAACUCAAACUAAUUUAUUCCCAAAUGUUAGCAUACCUGAAUUAACAUAAGUCUAAGGAGCAACUUAAUUUUAAAAAGAAUUAAGAUUUAGAAAAAAAUAAAAAAAAUAAUAAAGUGAACCUAUUCUUGUUGAAUAACCACCAUAAUAAUUAACAAGAAUGGAAAAUAGAUCAGAUAGAAGUGGUCGAUUUCCAAACUCUAUUAAAUUUAAUCUUAAUCAAUUAUCACCAUCUAUUAAUUCACUAUUAAAUCUCAGCAAUAAGGCUACUCCAAGAGCUAAAUUAGUUACACAUUAAAUUAUAUCACAUAAUUUUAAUUAAGCUAAAGUAUCAAAUGUCUUAAAAAGUUUGGAUGAACCAAGAACUACAUUAACUUAAAUGAAAGAAAGCAGAGAUAAUGGAAAAGGCUAAAGAUUACUUGAUAAAUAUAGAGUUACUUAACCACCUCUUGAGUAUUUUAAGAAACAUCCAAAAGUUGAUCAUCUUUUUAGAGAUAUGUUAGAAAUGAAGCUUGUUUUAUAAUAGAGUCAUUAACAUAUUUAUACAUCUCCUAGAUUAGCAAAAGAAGAUUCAACUGCAUUAAGAGAAAAAUUAACUCAAUAUUUGGAAGAAAGAACAUUAAAAUAAAAUUUAAAUCCACAAAAUGAUAUAUUAUAAUAGAGUCCAUAAUUUGGAUCUAAUAUGAUGAUUACAUAUUAACAUGUUAGAACACCUAGUGAUGGAACAAGAAUGUAAGAAACAUAUUCUGUAUUUCCAUAAGGUUAAAUUAGUUCAUUCCUUCAAACACAAAUUACACAAUCCCCAUAACCAAAAUCUAAUAAUAAAUUUAUUUAUGAAGACAAAAGAAAACAAUAUACUGAUAGAUUCAAUAAAGCUACUAGUAAUUAAACUACAGAUGAUAAAAUAUCUAAUUUAUAACAUAAUCUACUAGUUAAACAACAUAUGAUUUAAUAACAUUUAAAAAAAUAGCAUUGA